GCAUGUUCGUCCGCUGCAGUGUGUGCGUUCUCCUUUAAGCCCACCCACUUGAACCGGAACCGUUUUCUCAGUGUGUGCAGACAGCCCUGUCUGUCAUCCAGCUCCGACGCGGACCCCGUCCCCUUCGCGUGCGCCGCUCGCGCCUGCCAACGAGAUGCUUUCCGCCGCGUCGUCAUGUGGGGCCUAUGCUUAGCCUCCAUCGGGUGCGCCCGCGUGGACAGCACCCACCCAUCCUUGUGACAGCUUCUUCCCCGUGGAUCCGUUGGUGCUGCUCCUACGGAUGCGUACUCCGGUGAUCCAUGCGGACCGGAGCGGCAUCGCUGGUCCCGUUUCGGCGCGGAGAGGAUAAUUCACGCGCCCGUCGCCUUGCAUCAGGGUUUGUGAAGCAUCAAGUAUGGGGAGCACCACCUCAUGCUGCGUGUCCGCCAGCCCCAAGUUCCGAAGAAAUGCACACUCCAGGCUGGAGUCGGACCAGCAGGAGUCGGAUCUGAGCAGGGAGGAGACGGGCUGCAACCUGCAGCACAUCAGCGACAGGGAGAACAUCGAUGACCUGAACAUCGAGUACAAUCCUUCAGAACAAGGCAAGGCAAGCACUAUCUUCCUCAGCAGAUCUCAGAAUGAGGUGCAAGAAAAACGAAAAGGCUUCUUCAUCAACAAUCAUGGCCCAGUGAGGCGGAAAUACAGCUCCUGCUCAACCAUCUUCCUGGACGAGAACACAGUCAGCCGGCCCAGCCUCAAAUACACCAUCAAAUGUGUAGCACUGGCAAUCUACUACCACAUAAAAAACAGGGAUAAAAACGUUGGAAUGCUGUUAGAGAUCUUUGAUGAGAAGCUUCACCCGCUCUCUAAAUCAGAGGUUCCUCUGGACUACAACCAGCACGACCCGGACCAGAAGCAGAUCUAUCGGUUUGUCAGAACACUUUUCAGUGCUGCUCAGCUCACAGCUGAAUGCGCCAUCGUCACACUGGUUUAUUUGGAGAGACUCUUGACUUAUGCAGAGCUAGACAUUUGUCCUGGAAACUGGAAGAGGAUCGUUCUUGGAGCCAUUCUUCUGGCUUCAAAGGUCUGGGAUGACCAGGCUGUGUGGAACGUCGACUACUGCCAGAUCCUCAAAGACAUUACCGUGGAAGACAUGAAUGAACUAGAGCGUCAGUUUCUGGAGCUGCUGCAGUUCAACAUCAAUGUGCCGUCCAGCGUUUAUGCCAAGUACUACUUUGACCUGCGGUCACUGUCAGAGUCCAACAACCUGAGCUUUCCACUGGAGCCACUGAAUAGAGAGAAGGCCCAAAAACUGGAGGCCAUUUCCAGGCUAUGUGAGGACAAGUACAAAGACAUAAGGAGAGCCGCCAGGAAGCGCUCAGCCAGCAUGGACAACCUCUGUGGGAGGAGAUGGGUACCUGCAAUUCUCUCCUAACAUCCUGACUGGUGGCCACCAAAGACUGCCCCAAAUGGGCUUGUUCCAGGUUCUACGUUUUUUCUUUCGGGUUGGACACAGAGCUUGGGAAAAAAAACGUCAAGUUUUGGACGAUCGGGGAAAAUCCGGAAAGAUUUCUACCUUAAUCUGUGUGACACCUCCACAGUGCCUCAACUAAUCUGUUCACAGCGAUUCUGGAUUUUAUCAGCCAGGUGGAAUAGAAAAUCUAUUGUUUGACCAUAAAGGGACUCCAGCACAAGACAAAGCCUUGAGCUCCUUUUGUGAAUUUGUUAUGUAAAGACCUCAUUUCUGGCUCGACCUUAACCAUAGAUAGGACUUUACGAUGUUGUUCUCUUGUUCAAACGUUAGCAUAGCACUGGAGCUUUUCCUGGUUAUUUAUUCCCAUUUAACAGGACUCUGCAUCAUAAAAGUGUUAGACUGUUUCGUCCUUCAGAAAUCUUCAAGGUUUACAGUAUUUCAGGUGCACCUCUUUAUACUCAGGUUGUGGGUUUUAAUUGUUUUAAUGAACUGUGAUGCUUCCUAUUUCAUUUUCAGUUUUCCCACGUGUUACCAUUGUUCAUUAAUAAUACUGACUGAAAAGUAAUCCAGAAAAUGCUCAAGUUCUAUAUUUAGCUUGAUUUGAUCAAUUUUUUUGGAUCAAGCGUGAAAAACAAAACCACAUUUGUGUGUAAAGAGGAGAAAAGGGUUUGCUCAAACGUUAAAAUGAGACUGAUUGUGUGUUUUUAUAGAUCAGGCAGAGACAUUAGUACGUUUUCUUUUUGUUUGUUUUUUAUUAAGGCACAAAACUGUUAAAUUAAGAAAAAUGUAUGUAGAACUAAAACUGAGACACAAAGAUUUUGGUUUAUGAAAAAAACAAAAAAGUGAAC